AUGCUGGCGACCCUUGGGCUCGGGACUGGGAGUGCGGUGCGGGCAGCUGGGCGGCGAGCACCUCUGAGGCGAGCAGAGGUCACAGAGACCCGGCGCAUGCGGGUGGGUGGGGGCCCCGCGCGGCUGCCAGAGCCUAGCCUCGAAGACCACUCAGUUCGCUCACUUCCCGCGCACGCCGACUCCUCUGGGACCCCUAGCCCACCAGCGCCCGAUGCUCCCGGCGCCUCCUCCUCCCCCGCCCCGCCUGGCGCGGAGUGGGGACGGGCAGGGGAUCCUCGGGCCGAGGGGGGGCGCCGGGGUGUCCCCUUUCCCCGCCCCCUCCGCAGAUCCCGCGGCGGCGACGGCGCGGCUGGAGGGGGCGCUCGCGCGCAGGAGCCGGGCGCAGCAGGUGCCGCGUUCACCUCCACCUCGGCGGGGGGAGAGGGGGCGGGCCGGGGGCAGGAGAAGAGGAGGAGGAGGAGGAAGAAGAGGAGGGAGGUCGGCUCGCGGAGCCGAGGAGCGCGGCCGGCUCCGCAGCCUGGGAUCCGAGCUUGCGGCUUCCGGGAGGCGCCCGAGCCGCACCCGGGCUGCUGCUCGGCGGCGGCGGCCCCGAGCCUCCUGUUGCUGGACUACGACGGGUCGGUGCUGCCCUUCCUCGGAGGCCUGGGCGGGGGCUACCAGAAGACCCUCGUGCUGCUCACCUGGAUCCCGGCGCUCUUCAUCGGCUUCAGCCAGUUCUCGGACUCCUUCCUCUUGGACCAGCCGAACUUCUGGUGCCGUGGGGCCGGCAAAGGGACCGAGCUGGCAGAGGUCACCGCCACGGGCCGGUGGGACGCCGGCGAUGUGGCCAACUGGACCAGCCCCCCGACCACCCCCUUCACUGUCGCCUGGGGGGCCGCGGGCAACCUUAGUAACAGCAGCGGCGCGGACGGGGGCGACACGCCACCCCUGCCGUCCCCUCCGGACAAGGGGGACAACGCCUCCAACUGCGACUGUCACGCGUGGGACUACGGCAUCCGCACAGGCCUCGUCCAGAACGUGGUCAGCAAGUGGGAUCUUGUGUGUGAUAAUGCCUGGAAGGUCCAUAUCGCUAAGUUCUCCUUACUGGUUGGAUUAAUCUUUGGCUACCUAAUAACUGGAUGCAUUGCUGACUGGGUCGGCCGGCGGCCUGUGCUGCUGUUCUCCAUCAUCUUCAUUCUGAUCUUUGGACUGACCGUGGCACUGUCAGUGAAUGUGACAAUGUUCAGCACACUCAGGUUCUUUGAAGGAUUUUGCCUGGCCGGGAUAAUUCUCACCUUGUAUGCAUUACGAAUAGAGCUGUGCCCCCCUGGAAAACGGUUCAUGAUCACGAUGGUGGCGAGCUUCGUGGCCAUGGCGGGGCAGUUCCUCAUGCCCGGGCUGGCUGCCCUGUGCCGGGACUGGCAGGUCCUGCAGGCCCUCAUCAUCUGCCCCUUCCUGCUCAUGCUGCUCUACUGGUCGAUAUUCCCCGAGUCCCUCCGGUGGCUGAUGGCUACCCAGCAGUUUGAGUCUGCGAAGAAGCUGAUCCUGCACUUCACACAGAAGAAUUGCAUGAGCCCCGAGAGUGACAUCAAAGGGGUGAUGGCCGAGCUGGAGAAGGAGCUUUCCCGGAGGCCCAAGAAGGUCUGCAUUGUGAAAGUGGUGGGAACCCGGAACCUGUGGAAGAACAUCGUGGUCCUGUGUGUGAACUCGCUGACGGGGUACGGGAUCCACCACUGCUUUGCAAGGAGCAUGAUGGGCCACGAGGUGAAGGUGCCGCUCCUCGAGAACUUCUACGCCGACUACUACACUGUGGCCAGCAUCGCUCUGGCGUCCUGCCUGGCCAUGUGCGUGGUGGUCAGGUUCCUGGGGCGCAGGGGAGGGCUGCUGCUCUUCAUGAUCCUCACCGCCCUGGCCUCACUCCUGCAGCUCGGGCUUCUCAACCUGAUUGGGAAAUACAGCCAGCAUCCAGACUCAGAGUUGCAGCUGAAGUUGGCCGUAGGUAUGAGUGACAGUGUCAAGGACAAGUUCUCCAUCACGUUCUCCAUCGUGGGCAUGUUCGCCUCCCAUGCAGUGGGAAGCCUCAGUGUGUUCUUCUGUGCGGAGAUCACCCCCACAGUAAUAAGGUGCGGCGGGCUGGGGCUGGUGCUGGCCAGUGCGGGCUUCGGCAUGCUGACGGCACCCAUCAUCGAGCUGCACAACCAGAAAGGCUACUUCCUGCACCACAUCAUCUUUGCCUGCUGCACACUCAUCUGCAUCAUCUGCAUCCUCCUGCUGCCCGAGAGCCGGAACCAGAACCUGCCCGAGAACAUCUCCAACGGGGAGCACUACACGCGGCAGCCGCUCCUGCCACACAAGAAGGGGGAGCAGCCCCUCCUGCUCACCAACGCCGAGCUCAAAGACUACUCCGGCCUCCACGACGCGGCCGCGGCGGGGGACGGGCUGCCUGAGAACACCACGGCCAACGGCAUGAAGUCCAUGUAGCUCUGGGCACGGCCUUCCCGGAAGGGGGCACUGUGGGUUCCCAGGCUUGGGGGGUGUUUGGGCACAGGUUUACAGACCGAGACCCAACCCGUGGCUGGGGCAGGAAAACCCAGCUCUGCUGCGGACGCCACUGUAUCGUGAGACUUUCAACUGGUGUGGGGAAUUCUGUCUUUCUAAAACUCUAAGGAUCAUGUGUCUGAGGAAGCAAACUCUGGAAAUAACCCUUCAAAGACUUUAUUUUCUGCCAUUAAAUGUUUGUAUUUAUUUUGGUCA